GGCGAUCGUCUGCUAGUACACAGCUGGCUCUACACACAACAGUCAAAGGGUCAAAGUCGCACUAGUAAAAGGGUCCGGGCAAGCCGCGAGACCACGCGAGACUUUCCACCAGCUUCGAACUGCAUUUUUGGAGGAACCAUCAAAUAUCAAAAUAUGCCUGUGCAGAAGCCAUAUUGACCGUUUCUCAGCCGUGUGUGGUGCAUGCGCGCAUAGUUUUUCUAACCUGGUCUGGUAGCCCAAAAGCACCCAGAAUAAAGUCAGUCUCGCGAUGAGCCCCGAAGCCCUAGUGUUUUAUUUACUGCUGUCCGCUAUGCUGCGGGGCCUCCGAGACUCCAGAGGACGGCGCGGUAGACCUCAAGCCGUUGUUGCUAUGCUGGUGGUGGAAGCCAGCCUACACGCCCACGCAGCGCUGUACCCAACACUGAGCUUCAAGGCGGGGCUGCUGCUGGGCCCGGAGCACGCCUGUCACCAGGACACCCUCGUCCUGCAGCGGGCGCUCAAGAACAGGACGGUGUGGGCGGAGCGAAUGGUGGACGCGAGCGCCCGGGGCGUCGUGGGCGGGCUGUGGGGCGCACGCUUCCACCUGGGCAGCUUCGACGCCUGUUUGUCGACGGGGGCGGUGUCGCCCGUCGGAGCACGCUACUGCCUCGCUCAACUAUCGUCCCCUGCUCAACCCGCACCACUCCAGACCCAGUCGCAAUCUCACAUCCGCCCCCACUUCCGGAACCGGUACCUGCCUCCUCCGCCCUGCGAGGAGCAGGUCGCCCAUUGGGACCAGGUGACAGGCUUGGACCCCGAGAGCAACGUGCUCCACGCCCUGCAGGGUUGUGGCAUUGCCCCGGGAUCCAUCCCCCUCGGCGAGGUCCUGGUGGCGCUGUGCGUGCCCGAGUCCUGCGGCCACGCCCCCCUCCAGGACGCCCUCGCGACCGCUCUGCACCACUCCGCGUUCGAGGUGCGGGUGGCCGAGGAGCACUGCGUCGGCGCCGUGGAGUUGCACGCCGCUCCUACGGACGUUCCUGCGACUCUCUUCUGGGUACUCGUCGCGGGCCUCAGCCUCGCCGUGGUCCUGGCGCCGUCGCGAGGCUGGUCGUGGUGGGACUGGCGCGCGCACGGCCGCGCCCUGGCCCUCCCCGAGCCCCUUCUGGCGGGGAUGGACCUCAACGCGGUGUCGGGCCUCCGCGCCAUCAACAUGCUCCUCAUCCUGGGCUCGCACAGGGCCUUCAACUCGGCGAGGCUGCCCACCGCCAACCAGCUCAUCAACACAACGGAGUCCCGCACCUCGCUGUGGCACGCGCUCGGCCACCACGCCGCCCUGCUCGUCGACACGUGCUUCUUCCUGUCCGGCCUGCUCAUGGUGCUGGCCGCCAGGCAGCGCCACCCGCGCCCGCUGCGCGCCCUCGUCAACAGGUACCUCAGGCUGACGCCGCCCUACGCGAUGGUGAUGCUGUUCUACGCCGUGGCGAUGCGGUCGAUGGGCUCUGGACCGCUGUGGAAGGCGACGACGAUCCCAGAGGAGACGGCCUGCCGGCGCUGGUGGUGGACCAAUCUUCUCUACGUCAACAACUACGUGCACGGGCCGCCGGGCGAGUACGGGUGCAUGCUGCAGUCGUGGUCGCUGGCCGUGGACAUGCAGCAGUUCGUGCUGGGGUCCCUCGCGCUGUCGCUGGCCGGCGCGCUGCCGUCGCCCGCCAGGCUGUGGUCGGCGCUGGCGCUGGCCGCGCUGCCGCCGUUCGCUGCCGCGCUCGCCUACGGCUGGCCGCCCAUGAUGAUGUGGUCCGGGCGCGCGCUCCAGAACCCCUUCGCCGAGCCGCUGUUCUACCCCAUGUACGUGGCCACGCACAUGCGGGCUGCUCCCUACGUGGUGGGCGUCAUCGCGGGUUGCCUCAUGCUGCGGAUCAAGGAGCGGGGCGUCGAGCUGGGGCCGACCCGGACGGCGUGGCUUUCCUGGGGCGGCCUGCUUGCCAUGUUCGCGGUGCUCGAGUCAAGCGUCGCGUUCGGCGAUCUUUCACAGCCACCGGGCGCCCUAGUUUCCGCCCUGUACGCCAGCUUGUCCCCGGUGCUGUGGACGGCCGCACUGGGCGCGCUAAUCGUGGGCGUCGUUCUCGGCGAGGAGGGUGCGAUGGCGCGGUUUCUCCGCUGGCAGCCGCUGGUGACGCUGAGCCGCCUCUCCUACGGCGUGUACCUGGUGCACUUCGCGGUGCAGCUCAUGCAGGGCGGCGCGGAGCGCACCCCACAGCACGUCACGGUGCUCACGGUCGUGAGGAGCGCGCUGACCGAUCUCAUCAUUUCUUUCGUGCCCAGUGUUUGGCUGUAUUUCGCAGUUGAGGCGCCUGUCCGCUUCCUCGCGAAGAAGGCGCUCUCCGAGACAAGGUCGACGAGCAAUGGGGUAGAAGUCAAACAGAAGAGCAUGGUCGGGGCCGAGUCGAUGCUUGAAGAGGAGACAUCGCCCAGUUGUUUAUGGCAGAGGAGAAGAACCCCGUCCAUGACACUUCACAUGUCUUAGCCCAUGAAAAAGACCGAACAUAUUUAAAUUUUACAAUUAUUUUAGUGAGAAAUUCUUAUUUGUUAU